AAAAUAUUUAUGUGCUUCGUUUACUUUAUUUAUUUGUUCUAAAAUAUUAAUAAAUGUUGUAUUACUUUGUCGAUUAACAUUAUACUGCUGUACAGUUAACAAUUAAAAUAAAAUAGCAUCCCUUGCCCAAGUUUUCAGACAAUAUAUAGUAUACAAUGUAAUGUAAAAAUGUACGAUGUGUCAGUAAAUUAAAAAUGUAUAAAUUCUAUUUUGCUCCUUGCAAUUGCAGUGUCGUCAGUCGUGAUAUCGUCAACAAAUACCAUAAUUUAAAGUAAAAAUACUUACCAAUAAUAUUAUUGAUCUGUGCAAGAACUGUUUGUGAAUUGUUUCUCAAAUUUCAAAACAUGGAAGUAAACCCAUUGAACAUAUUCUUUGUGAAAUCUGAUAGCAAAGGUGACAGGCUGUUGUUUAGAUAUCCAUACACUCUAGAGAACAAAGAUGAAAGGAAGCAAGAAAAGUGUGGCCGCCACAAUCCUUACGCCAUCCACAUAACAGAAGAUCUUCUUCAAAACCCUCAGUCUCAAACAUCAAAUAUCUGUAAAGGUCAACUAAGUGGCUUCACAGAUGAAAUGCUCUCUACAUUGUUUGCUGUCAAAGCUGAGCUCUGUAAUCGGAAAUUUGAGCUCAAGGUUAAUGAUGUGAGAUUUGUGGGACACCCAACACUACUUCCUUAUAGAACAAACAAGGAUGAUACCGCUGCCAUGAUUCUCAUCAACAUUGUAUUUGCCUUGCAAGCAUCUGCCAGUCAUUCAAUAGUUAAGUGCUACUAUGAUUUGAGCAAAAGGCUUGGUAAAGCAUUAAGACACGAAGAGAAGAGGUGUUCCUAUUUAACCGAAGAAAUGAAAAUAAUGUUGGCAGCCCAUGACGAAUUAUCGACAUUAGAUGGUGAAGUGAAUUCGGGUGAGAAUGAUGAGGAAAACUCACGUCAUUCGAGAAGUACGCUGGCCAGAUCGAUGAAGGCUGUUUUUGAAGAAUUGAGUAGUACAGGAAUUGUACAAGUUAGAAUUAACAAAUGGGUGCUACUUUCAUUCUGUUUGCCACAAAAAGCUCACCAAAUGCACAACAAGGGACUUAUAAUUGAACCAGAGACAAUAGAUAAAUGUGUACAAAGACUAAGGCCAUAUCAUGGGAUUCUGUUAAUGGUUGAUCCAAACGACUUGCUGGCAUCAAUACCAUUGGACAGUAGUCAGGCACUACUACGUCUAAUAAAAGCUUACAGUCCCUUAAAGAGCUUGCAAACUUUAGCUAUAGAGGCCGAUAUAAGUUUAACGCAGGCGUUUCAACUGACCGGUCACCUAGUGUAUUGGGCAAAGGCAACUGUCAUAUAUCCUCUGUGUGAAGGCAAUGUAUAUGUGGUUGCCCCAGGAGCGAAUAUACACAUACACUCGCAGCUGGUUGAGGAAUUUGCGAAAGAAUUUCCUGGUCUAUGUCUCUUGCAGAUGUUGAGUGAGUUCUCGUUGCCCGCGCCGCUGUGGUACGUGUGCCGCAGCGGCGUGUCCACCGGCGAGUGGGGCCCGCGGGGCGGGGUGCGGGGCGGGGCCGGGGGGAGCGGGGCGGGACGCCUCGCCCGGCGCGUGGCGUGGCUACUGCGGCGCCGACUGCUGCUGCAGCUACACACCUACGUACAGUUCAACUCGCCGCACUGGCCGCGGCAACGAUCACACGGACACCCCGAGCAUGUGUUUGUUGAAUUAUCAGAAAUAAGAGGAAAGACUGAGACAUGA